GGAAUGGAGUCUGGGAGCGACUCGGGCUUAGGAGCUGAGUGGCUGCGGCGGCGGCGGCGGCAGGAUUCCCAGGAGCCAUGCUGUCAGAAGUCCUGUUGGUGUCCGCUCCCGGGAAAGUCAUCCUUCAUGGAGAGCAUGCCGUGGUCCAUGGCAAGGUAGCACUGGCUGUGGCCUUGAACUUGAGAACAUAUCUCCGGCUUCAACCCCACAGCAGUGGGAAAGUGGGCCUCAACUUACCAAACAUUGGCAUCAAAAGGGCCUGGGAUGUGGCCAGGCUUCAGCUGCUGGACACGAACUUUCUGGAGCAAGGCGACAUCACACCAGAGAAAGUGGAGAAGCUGAAGGAGGUGGCGGGCUUCCCUGAGGACUGUGGCAACCACGAGCACCUGGCUGUGCUGGCCUUCCUUUACCUGUACCUGUCCAUCUGCCGGAAGCAGAGUGCCCUGCCCAGCCUGGACAUCACGGUGUGGUCGGAGCUGCCCACUAGCGCUGGCUUGGGCUCCAGUGCCGCCUACUCCACGUGUCUGGCAGCCGCCCUCCUGACCUUGUGCGAGGAGAUCCCAAACCCGCUGAAGGACGGAGAGGCCACCAGCAGGUGGACAUCGGAGGAUUUGGAAUUAAUUAACAAGUGGGCCUUCCAGGGGGAGAGGGUGAUUCACGGGAACCCCUCCGGAGUGGACAACGCUGUCAGCACCUGGGGAGGAGCUCUCAGAUACCAACAAGGAAAGAUUUCAUCCUUAAAGAGGCCACCGGUUCUGAAGAUCCUACUGACCAACACCAAAGUCCCUCGUAGCACCAAGGCUCUUGUGCUGGGCGUCAGGAACAGACUGCUCAAGUUCCCAGAGAUCGUGGCCCCCCUCCUGACCUCCAUAGACGCCAUUUCCCUGGAGUGCGAGCGAGUGCUGAGAGAGAUGGUGGCAGCGACCCCGGCCCCAGAGCACUACCUCGUGCUGGAAGAGCUCAUCGAUAUGAACCAGCACCAUCUGAAUGCCCUCGGUGUGGGCCACUCCUCACUGGACCAGCUCUGCCAGGUGACCAUGGCCCGUGGACUGCACAGUAAACUCACUGGCGCUGGUGGCGGUGGCUGUGGCAUCACACUCCUCAGGCCAGAUCUGGAGGGGCCAGAGGUGGAGGCCACGAAGCAGGCGCUGAUCAGCUGUGGGUUUGACUGUUGGGAAACCAGCAUUGGUGCCCCCGGCAUCUCCAUCCACUCAGCUGCCUCCCUGGACGCGCCCACCCGUCAAGCCCUGGAGGGCCUCUGAGAUGGGCCCAUGCUGCGCAGCCCUGCCAAGAAGGCCCUUCCGGGACUCUGCUGUGGGCUGGAGUUGGCCU